AUGGCGUCUAUGGUCGCCACCUAUCGCACCGAGUCGAAGCAGCUUCACCUGACUCGGUGGACAGACUUCGAGAGCCUUACGCCAGAGGAGCUGCAGCUCUCAGUGUGGGAGCGGCUUCAGCAGAGCAACAGCGCCAGCACUCAAGCGAAAGAUUCCGACGCCUUACGCUUCAUGCUUGUUUGGAUUCAAGAAACCUGGAGAGACAAAGAUUCAGACAAAGGGUGGACAAAGUGCUGGAGUCAGCUGGGGCAUCUGUUGGAGAAAUUGACGGAUGAAUGUCAAAGAUCUCAGAAAGGCGAGCACUGGAUCUUCGGUUUUUACGAGCCGAGGCCUGCCGCAAAGACUUGCGAAGAAAGCGUUCGCGACAUUUUUGUGCAGGGCCAAAGGCUCGUUCAGACCAUGGACAUUCCACGAUCUAAGCUUGCUUCUCUUGAUCUUCCUGCCAGUACAGUUCGUGACAUGCAGGCGCUGAUGUACCUACAGUCUUGGUUCGUCCCCCUUGCAGCCACGAAGAAUUUUGCCCUGUUGUGGGCAGGUUUCUGGGACGAAGACCCCACAAAUCGGACCACAAAAUCCGCACUGUUCCAGUUUGCCGAUGAAACGGACCAUGAUACAGUGCAUCCGGACAGCAUCAUGGGACGACUCAUCGAGGAAAGCCAGGACCUCAACGCCUGCUACCUAGAUGACCAGAUAAAUAGGAUGCUGCAGAACAUGUGGACUUUCAGCAGCAUGAGCUUCGUCUCGAACAUGCGGGCGAAGGCCCAAGGCACAGUCGUUGCAGUAGUCAACAAGGAUCUCACAGGGGUCCGGAAGCUGUCCGAUUCAGUGCUUUUUCAAUACGAGAUGCCGACGCUGGGAAUCGCAGCCUGGGGAUCUGGAGGGUGGUCCCCGCAUAUCGUCAUCUUGGACAUGAAAGGUACCUGCCAUGACACGAGCCCUUCCCUUCGGGCGCAGCUAGCCGCGCAUUUGCGCUCCUGGUCCGGGCUCAGGGCCAAGACAAUCAAAGACAAGACGAAGGCCUUCAUCAAGCAACUAGCGGUGCAUUUACCCUCCUGGUCCAGGUUCAGGGCCAAGACAAGCAAAGACAAGACGAAGGCCUUCAUGAAGCGGUCCCGCGCCAGCUGGGACUGCGUGGACUGUCCACCGGACUCGUGUAACCUGGACGCUGCCUUGGCCCAGCACAUCCGGCUCAUGGUGGAGGCGAAGAAGACGCAGGAUGAUCUGAACGAGAAGCUGUUCGAGGCUGUGGGGUGCACGGGCCGCCUACGAUCCGAGGCAGCAGAAAUUGCUAUCGACAGCAGGAUGAUGGUCACAGCAUGUAAGGCAUUAUAUCGUCAAUAUCAAGCGGGACAAAGACUCGAGGCGAUUCCGGAAGAGUUUGAUGCAAUCCAAGAGACUCUCAAAGAGCGGAAAAAUCGCCUGGCCCAGUCCAAAAUUCGGAGGAGCUUUGCACAGAGCAAUCGCCUGAGAGUCGUGGAGUCCCUGCUUGAUCGCAAGGCGGACCCCAACGCCAUGGAGCUAGAUGGCAGGACACCCCUCCACUAUGCCGUUGUGAACAAGUACCUGCAGAUCCUAGAGUUCCUUCUGCAACACAAGGCCGACCCGAACGCAAUGGACCAGGAUGGCAGAACGCCCCUACAGGACGCUGCCAAGGAGGGUCAUCUCGAGGCCGUUGAGCUUCUGCUCAGGAACGGUUCCGACCCGAACACCAUGGACAAGUCAGGCCAAAUGCCCCUAAUGGGCGCUGCCAACGGGGGUCAUCUCAAGGUCGUUGAGCUUCUGCUCAAGAACAAGGCCGACCCGAACGCCAUGGACCAGCAUUUUGGCAGAACGCCCCUACAGGACGCUGCCAAUGGGGGUCAUCUCAAGGUCGUUGAGCUUCUGCUCAAGAACAAGGCCGACCCGAACGCCAUGGACCAGUAUGGCAGAACGCCCCUACAGGACGCUGCCAAUGGGGGUCAUCUCGAGGUCGUUGAGUUUUUGCUCAAGAACAAGGACGACCUGAACGCCACGGACAAGUUCGGCAGCACGGCCCUGCACGACGCUGCUAAGGAGGGUCAUCUCGAGGUCGUUGAGUCUUUGCUCAAGAACAAGGCCGACCCGAACGCCAUGGGCCAGGAGGGCAGAACGCCCCUAUUGGACGCUGCCAACGAGGGUCAUCUCAAGGUCGUUGAGUCUUUGCUCAACAACAAGGCCGACCCGAACAAUGCCAGGAACAGGUUUGGUAUCACGCCCCUGAACAUCGCUGCCCACGGGGGUCAUCUCAAGGUCGUGGAGCUUCUGCUCAAGAACAAGGCCGACCCGAACGCCAUGGACCAGGAUGGCAGAACGCCCCUACAGGACGCUGCCAAUGGGGGUCAUCUCAAGGUCGUUGAGCUUCUGCUCAAGAACAAGGCCGACCCGGACGCCAUGGACCAGGAUGGCAGAACGCCCCUACAUUACGCUGCCAAUGGGGGUCAUCUCAAGGUCGUUGAGGUUCUGCUCAAGAACGAGGCCGACCCGAACGCCAUGGACCAGUAUUUUGGUUUCACGGCCCUGCACGACGCUGCUAAGGAGGGUCAUCUCGAGGUCGUUGAGCUUCUGCUCAAGAACAAGGCCGACCCGAACGCCAGGAGCAUGUUUCGCGGGCCGCCCCUUCACCAAGCUGCCAGCACGGGUCAUCUCAAGGUCGUGGAGCUUCUGCUCAAGAACAAGGCCGACCCGAACGCCAUGGACCAGGAUGGCAGAACGCCCCUACAGGACGCUGCCAAUGGGGGUCAUCUCAAGGUCGUUGAGCUUCUGCUCAAGAACAAGGCCGACCCGAACGCCACGGACCAGUAUGGCAGAACGCCCCUACAGGACGCUGCCAAUGGGGGUCAUCUCGAGGUCGUUGAGUCUUUGCUCAAGAACAAGGCCGACCUGAACAAUGCCACGGACAAGUUCGGCAGCACGCCCCUGCACAUCGCUGCCAAGGAGGGUCAUCUCGAGGUCGUUGAGCUUCUGCUCAAGAACAAGGCCAACCCGAAUACCACGAACGAGUUCGGCAAAACGCCCCUAGAAGUCACCACUAUGGAGCAUGCUAUGAAUGUCUAUGAGUACAAGAAGGGCCUCGCGCCCCUAGACGACGCUGCCAACAAGGGUCGUCUCCAGAUCGUUAAGUUGCUCGAGAACAAGGCCAAGUCUUGGCAGCGCGCCGCCACAUGA